CUUAUUAGAGGGACACAAUCAAGAUGGCAGCCGAGGAGCUGAAUGUCAACACACCUCCUGCUGGGACUGACGGUGUGGAUGAGGCUAAACUACAAAUAUUAAAAGGUGGUGCGUUUCUGACGACAGUGGCCACUGCAGGAAUGAUCGCUGGAUUCGGCUCGACCCUCGCUUUGGCGAAGAAAAAGAGCCCUGAGUGGUUUAAUAAGGGUGUAGUAGGAACGGCGGCGUUGCCUGAGAGCGGAGCGUCGUUAGCCCUGCGCGCGCUCGGAUGGGGUUCUCUGUAUGCCUGGUGCGGAGUCGGCCUUCUCACCUUCGCAGUUUGGAAAGCUAUGGGCGUUCACAGCCUGCUGGAAUUUCGACAGAAAAUGCAGUCCAUCUUUCCUGCCAUCCCGAAAAACGAAGACGUCGAGCCAAACGCAGCACCUUUCGACUGGGACUCGAUAUUUAAGUCCAAAUGAUCACUGAUGUGGCAAUGAAGAGAACUUUGUUUGCUUUCUGGGGGGGGGAAACCUACAGUGUCUGCCAGGUCAGAUGAGAAUCAAGCUUCCUUCUUCUUCUUACCCUAGAGACUGUAUUCAUCUAUGAUGCUGAAGGAUUAGUCUGGGGGGGAAAGACUCUGUGGCUUCAGUAUAGUGUGUGUGUGUGUGAGAUGAUGAAGCGCUGGUUCAAAGGACAUUUUACUAAACUGCCUUUGUAGCACCAUGUGCUGGAAGAGCUUUGUGUCAAACACAACCAUUUAACUUGGCCUAGGGAGUUUGGAGCAGCUUUGAUUAAAAGAAAAUAAGACUUCAGUGUGUACAGAGAUUACAUUUAAAAUUGAAUGCUGCUGGAUUUAUCUAUUUUAUAUGGAUGUGACCAAAAGUACAUGGACACUUCACAAUAACACUCAUAGAUUCUGUUUAAACAUCCUUACAUUCUUCCUUAAUCUUCACUAUUCUGGGAUUUUUGGAGCAUCUGUGGGAAUUAGUGAGGAGUCCUGGAGUGCAGUCGGUGUUCCAGUUCAUUCAAAAGCUGCUCAGUGGGCUUGAGGUCAGGGCUCUGUGCAGGACACUCGAGCUCUUCAUCUCCAACUGUCUCAAAUCUUGGCUUUGGGCACAAGGGUUUCAUCCCACUGGAACUGGUUUGUGCCUCUUAGUUCCAGUAAGGGGAAACUAACACUGCAGCAUACAGAGACAUUCUCUACAACCAUGUGUGUGUUCAAUGUCAUGGCAACAUUUUGGGGAAGAAACAUAGGAGUGUUAUGGUCAGGUGUCCAUAAACUUUUGCUCAGAUAGUUUAUGUAGUCUGUGCUGCUGGUGAAAGCACAAUUACAGCAGUCUUUAUAGUUUUGAACAUGCCACUAAUCUCAUCAGUCACUACUCAUGUUGGGUGUUUAACCAGACCUUUGUAAACAUCUGGUGCUUCAUUAGUUCUAGUCCCUGGAGUAAAAUAUUAAAUGUCUGUAUGAAACCAAA